GUUAAAAUCUGCUCUGAAUUUGUAGCACGUUGAACAUUUUGCUUCCAAUUCUGAUUCUGAUGAGCGAAUAUGAAACCAUUUUUCAAGGUAAUUUGAGGGACUGUGUUGUGAAGAAACUGUGUGACCUUCAGAAGUGAAGCUUCUUUUCUUCCUUCCGAUUCCACAUGGCACUCCCUUCUCCAUCGGAGCGGUUCCAAUUCCAAUGAGCUAAGAUGGUUCAAAAACCCAUAGACUCCAAAUUCAGUGAAUAUGGGCAUGGAAAUUCUGGGAAGGACGUGCCUCAUGAAAAGCAACUGCAGAUUUCUGCAAAGAAGACAGCAUUAAGGGACUUGCAAAAUGAGAAUAGGGUCACAGCUUCCAAUUGUACUGGAAGCUUCCCUCUUUUGAAGGAAGGAGGUCCUGGUAGUGACUUCAUUAAAGUUUCUGCUAACAAGAGACCCUCAACUGUCUGCCCAACGAGUCCGCCUCAUCUCCAUUCUUCAACCUCUAAUGCUGCAAAUGGGCAUCUUGUUUACGUCCGUAGAAAAUCCGAUGCUGAUAUAGGGAAGAAUAGUCCUGGUGAUAGUACGAGCAUAAAAGCUGAUUAUCCAAAUCUAAGUAAACUUGGUCAACUAGAUGAAACCGUGCAUCUCAAAUCUCAGGUUAAGGAGCUAAAGAAUCAUUGCUUUCCAGCAUUUGCUCCUUUUCCAGUGGUUCCUCCCAUGAAUGCAUCUGGAACACCUUCAGUUCCUCAUCACAUUGGGAAGUAUGGCAUUAAUUUAGCUACAGCAGAGUCAAACUUCCAUUCUGCACUUUCUACUGUCCCUUCAGUAGGCAUCCCACCAGGAUGGAAAAACUUGCAGUGGGAAGACAGAUAUCAUCAGUUGCAGUUGUUAUUGAAUAAAUUGGAUCAAUCAGACCAACAAGAUUAUCUUCAGGUGCUUCGAUCACUGUCAUCAGUUGAACUUAGCAGGCAUGCAGUUGCGUUGGAAAAGAGAUCCAUUCAGCUCUCGCUUGAGGAAGCGAAAGAGUUGCAGCGAGUUGGGGUUCUGAAUGUGCUGGGAAAUCCUGGGAAGAAUAUCAAAGUGCCAUUGGCUCAUCAAGACGGAUCAGAGACAUAAGGGCAUGGACAUAACAUAUUUUUAUUUUUCACCCUGUUGUUCUUGUUCUUCUUGCUGCGCGAAGAUAGCCUACCGACUACCGUACUGCGGUCGCACCGAGUUUCGCCGCCUGACCAGGUGCUUGCUGUGUUUGUUGUAAUAUUCUGCCUACUGUUUCUCCCUCUAAUAAUAUUUUCAUGUGUUUGGCGAAGGUUGUAAGAAAAGAUUGCAACUGUCUUGACUGUUACCAGGAAGAAAAAGGAAACAAAAUCCCUCUGGUUUCGCUCUCCUCA